ACUUCUGCUGCCCUUGUGCCCCAAUCAUUGCACAAACAGAAACAGCUCUGACAGAGAAGGGACUGCUAGAGUUAGGAACCCUAGGGCCUGGAAGGAAGGUAUGGCUCUCAGAGUGACCUGGGGUCUAUUCAGUCCCCUCUGGACCUGUUUCCCUGGCAACGCUGUGGGAACAACAGUCUAUGCAACACAGGAGACCUGAUGCCACUGGUGUCCUCCAAAUUUUAAGGCGAAGGCAGGCAUUGUGAAUGAUGCAGGGAUGGCCAGAAUGGUUUUCACCUUCGUUCUUUCCCCAGGGGAACCAAGCCUGUGGGUGGGGAAAUCACACUAAGGCUGGACAGUGACUGAAUCUGGCCCAGGAGAAACUUGGCUGCCUGCCUUCCAGACCAGGGUUUUUCUUCCCUGAGAUCCUGGAGGGGAAGUACCUGGAACUUGGGAGUGUUGCCCUGGUCUGGAAGAUCUGAUAGACAUAGUAUGCACACAUUUCCCUCGAGCUUCCCAUGACUGGGGAGUAGAUGAGAACCCUGAGUGGGUGGCUGGUUUCUUGAGGCAUACAUAUACCCGACACACCUUACACCUCUGAUUUGGCUGCAUUUUGGAAUCAUCUGGGAAGUUUUAAACAAUACUGGUGCCUAGGUCCAACCUCCAGAGAUUCCGAUUUAAUUGGUAUGGGGUGGGGUUUUGCAGUUUUCAAACCACAAUAUCCAGCAAAGUUUGAGAACCACUGCCCUACACAGCCCUCCUUCUUCUUUAUCUUAUCUGGAGUCAGGGGCACCUUCAGCUUCUCCAAUCACCUGGCCAGUGGCUCUUGUUUCCAGUCCUGCUGUUCCAGGGUGGAUAGGCCUUCAGGCGGAGACCCAGGAAUCCAGCUCCAGACUCUGUCCCAAGCAGCCUCUUCAGUCCGGGACGGGACAGGAAGUGUCCGGCGGAGGUGGGGGUGGAGAUGAGCAGCAGCUGCUCAGGGCUGAGCAGGGUCCUGGUGGCCGUGGCUACAGCCCUGGUGUCUGCCUCCUCCCCCUGCCCCCAGGCCUGGGGCCCCCCAGGGGUCCAGUAUGGGCAGCCAGGCAGGUCCGUGAAGCUGUGUUGUCCUGGAGUGACUGCCGGGGACCCAGUGUCCUGGUUUCGGGAUGGGGAGCCAAAGCUGCUCCAGGGACCUGACUCUGGGCUAGGGCAUGAACUGGUCCUGGCCCAGGCAGACAGCACUGAUGAGGGCACCUACAUCUGCCGGACCCUGGAUGGUGCACUUGGGGGCACAGUGACCCUGCAGCUGGGCUACCCUCCAGCCCGCCCUGUUGUCUCCUGCCAAGCAGCCGACUAUGAGAACUUCUCUUGCACUUGGAGUCCCAGCCAGAUCAGCGGUUUACCCACCCGCUACCUCACCUCCUACAGGAAGAAGACAGUCCUAGGAGCUGAUAGCCAGAGGAGGAGUCCAUCCACAGGGCCCUGGCCAUGCCCACAGGAUCCCCUAGGGGCUGCCCGCUGUGUUGUCCACGGGGCUGAGUUCUGGAGCCAGUACCGGAUUAAUGUGACUGAGGUGAACCCACUGGGUGCCAGCACACGCCUGCUGGAUGUGAGCUUGCAGAGCAUCUUGCGCCCUGACCCACCCCAGGGCCUGCGGGUAGAGUCAGUACCAGGUUACCCCCGACGCCUGCGAGCCAGCUGGACAUACCCUGCCUCCUGGCCGCGCCAGCCCCACUUCCUGCUCAAGUUCCGUUUGCAGUACCGUCCGGCGCAGCAUCCAGCCUGGUCCACGGUGAGGCCUGGAGUGGAGCCAGCUGGACUGGAGGAGGUGAUCACAGAUGCUGUGGCUGGGCUGCCCCAUGCUGUACGAGUCAGUGCCCGGGACUUUCUAGAUGCUGGCACCUGGAGCACCUGGAGCGCGGAGGCCUGGGGAACUCCGAGCACUGGGACCGUACCAAAGGAGAUACCAGCUUGGGGCCAGCUACACACGCAGCCAGAGGUGGAGCCUCAGGUGGACAGCCCUGCUCCUCCAAGGCCCUCCCUCCAACCACACCCUCGGCUACUUGAUCACAGGGACUCUGUGGAGCAGGUAGCUGUGCUGGCGUCUUUGGGAAUCCUUUCUUUCCUGGGACUGGUGGCUGGGGCCCUGGCACUGGGGCUCUGGCUGAGGCUGAGACAGGGUGGGAAGGAUGGAUCCCCAAAGACUGGGUUCUUGGCCUCAGUGAUUCCAGUGGACAGGCGUCCAGGAGCUCCAAACCUGUAGAGGACCCAGGAGGGCUUCGGCAGAUUCCACCUAUAAUUCUGUCUUGCUGGUGUGGAUGGAUGGACAGAUAGAAACCAGGCAGGACAGUAGAUCCCUAUGGUUGGAUCUCAGCUGGAAGUUCUGUUUGGAGCCCAUUUCUGUGAGACCCUGUAUUUCAAAUUUGCAGCUGAAAGGUGCUUGUACCUCUGAUUUCACCCCAGAGUUGGAGUUCUGCUCAAGGAACGUGUGUAAUGUGUACAUCUGUGUCCAUGUGUGACCAUGUGUCUGUGAGGCAGGGAACAUGUAUUCUCUGCAUGCAUGUAUGUAGGUGCCUGGGGAGUGUGUGUGGGUCCUUGGCUCUUGGCCUUUCCCCUUGCAGGGGUUGUGUAGGUGUGAAUAAAGAGAAUAAGGAAGUUCUUGGAGAUUAUACUCAGA